AUGGCUGUCGAUACCGUUGUUGUCGAUCCAUCUCUGCAACCACUUUUGAAAACCACCAACGCGGCACUGGCGCAGACACAAGCCAUACUGGACUGGAUUGAGGACAACGCCACCUCCUCCGAGCCGCUCGCCGAUCUACAGCAUGAGCUAGCGAAGAAGCAGAAGCUCCUUCACGUCUACCUGGCCAAGCUUCGUGGACUACACAGACAGUCGGUAUUCGGCGUACGCACCACCAAACAACAGACCGCAGAAGCACGACAAGACCUUGAUCGAUUGCUGCUCCAGCUGCAAAAUCUAUACUACGAGCAAAAACAUCUGCUGGGGGAGAUUAGCGCCUGCGAGGACUAUGAUCACUCAUACAUGCGACUGCCGCUGAUAUCACACGAUGAAUACUUAGCGCUCUUUCCAGACCAAGCAGGACUGUCAGACGAGGAGCUGAUGCCUCGGAGGAUAGAGCACGAGAAGCAAGAGCGAGAGAAGAUGGAGGAGGAGAGGCUAAGGCUAGUCAAGAUCAAGGAUGAGCUACUGAAGGAGAACACACGGAGGAAAGACGAGCUAAAGAAGAUGGAUGAGAAGCUGGAGGCCAUGAUCGAUGGUAUGCUGCCAUUGCAAGAGGCUCUUGCGAAGGACCUCUAG